AUGAACCCAGUCUUACACACUUACCCAAACUCCAAUAACAUGCCAGUGCCCGUCAAGGAAAUUACUGAGGAGACUAGUCUCCUUGGACAAGGUAAAUUAAGCAAGGAGGAGCACUCUCGGCUUCACUAUACUUUCUUAGCUAUAGGAGUUGCUUUGUUAUGGCCAUACAACUCGUUUAUUACCAUUGCGGCUGAAAUGGAUCGUCUUUUCAGUAGUUUUGCAUCACUUAAAGACGCCUACUUACCUUCAGCGAUGUCAUUAUAUUUUACAGCUAGCAUGAGUUGUAUGAUAUACUGUCAAUCAAAGCAGCGCAAUUAUUCACAAAGAAUAUCCAGUGGUUUAUUAUAUCAGACAGGAAGUGUAAUAAUUUCCGCGCUAUUACUAUUUGGAAGCUCACUAUUCUCAAAACCUGUUUUAUUUGGUUUACUUAUGGCUUGUAUAACCGUCUGUUCUUGGGGUGCUUCGCUUACUCAGAACGGUUCCUUAGCGUUGUCGAACGCUUCUGGAAGCCGCUACAAUCAAAUUAUGAUGGUUGGACAAGCUAUUGCAGGCAUUAUACCGGGAAUAUAUCAGUUGCUACUAUCGUUUUAUUUUCCAGAAAAUAGCGAAGGCAUUGAAUGCUAUCGUUUCAGCAGAAACUCCUGUAACCUAACAAGCGCUGGCGCAAAUUUCACCACAUCAGACCAAACAUCCGAUAAAAACCAAAGACUACUUCUAUCUCUAUCCUCAGUCAUGGCUGCCGCUACUAGCAUCGUGGCUUUCUUGAUGUACAAAAAAGCUAAAGUCUCACUCACCGAAGCGAAGGAAAAUUCUAUAAGUGUGAGUGAAGCAAACCACAUCCCAAUGAAGCAUCUUUAUCUCAAACUGAAGCACAUUAUGCAUACAAUAUUCUUCGUAUUCCUUGUUACGGCCCCUUUUGUCAUGUUUGCAGCUAACAUAAAACCUACUGCAAUUCCCAUAUCUGCUGAUAAAUAUACUUUGGUUGCAAUCAACUUCUGGAACACUGGCGACCUUGUAGGACGUAUUAUUGCGGGCCGUUUCCCCUUUAUCACAAUUCCAACGCCACGCGGAUUGUUUGCAUGGUCAAUUCUUCGGUUCCUGGUUUUGGCGGUAUUUUUCCUUUUUGCCGCUAUAAACAGCUCUACACAUAGCUGGAUCUUCGAUACGUUAUAUCUUUUUUGGCAAUUUUUCUUCGGUGUGACAAAUGGUGCCAUCGCUACCUCAGCUUUCAUGAAGAUCGGCUCUCAAUUGGAUGAUUCCCAAGAGCGUAAGGCGUCUAGUGUUGUAGCCUGUUUUACACUUAACGCGGGCUUACUUGCAGGUUCAUUAUUAUUACCCGCUUGGCUAAAAUUAGUACACUUGUUACAACGCUGA